AUGCCAUACAUCUGGGACAAGAAUAUCAAAGGCGGCACAUUUACACUCAACGUAAGCCAGUUCCUUUUUGGGACAGUUCUCACUCAUUGUCUCAUGGACAUCACCAUCCUCAUUCUACCGGUGUUCCCCGUGGUGAAGAUGCAUCUCUCAUGGCAGCAAAAGUACAAAGUUGUGUCCUGUUCUGUUCUUGUCUUGAUACAGGUUAUCAUGUACAAGCCUGUUGACGCCAGUUACACCCUCAGCCUUGCUGCCUACCCAUGCUACGACCAGUAUUACGCAGAAUUGUUCCCAGAAAGAGACUGA